AUGGCAGUCAGCUCCUCCUACAACACACGCAGGCACGCACCAAAGAGAACCUCACCCUCCAUAGACACACCCACUUCCGACAGACUCGGCGCAAAGCGGCUUAAACUCGCAAAGCGCGACCCAUACACACCGCCAGCCUCACCUGACCGCAUCGACACCGCCUCAGCAGCCGUCUUCACUGCACAGCAAGAUGCAGAGGAAGACCAGACAUUCCUAGGCAUCGUCGACUACCUCCGCCGCCAUGCCCAUGAAGGCGCACGCUGCUCACGUCAAAUCUCAGAGGGCAUGCUGGCAGAGGGUAAAAUCAGCCUCAAUGGCACCACACCCUCAACCACCAUCGACGCAGCCAUCAGGUCGCACUUCAAACGAUCCACGGGAGCCGGUAGACUGCCGGCCGUAGCAAAAGCCGCUGAUCCGCAAUUCCCAAGGAAGACGCUGUAUCACCUGGCAGACGCAUCGCCACUCCCUUCCGCACCCGCAAAACAAGUGGCCUUUACACAGGCAUCACCAGCGCAGCAGUCCGGUCGUCGAAGGUCUGUCACUGCACACACAGCAGGAAGGCACUCUGUAGCCGUUGUGCCCGGUGAGGAGAGUGAUGAUGGUUCUGAGUUGUCAGAGCACGACUCACAGGAUGGAUUGGGACCCUUUGCAGGACCAACACGCCAGUCGAGUGAUAUCACCAUGCAAGACUCAGAACACAGCAACCCAGAACGGAGUCUCAGCAGCAACAGCCAUGAUCUCAAUCGUCUACACAGGCAUGAACGCUCUCCCUCGCCAGACUUGCAAUUUGCCUUGUCGAUUCACGAAGUAAAAGAUACUGUACAGACACCAGCAGCCUCUCAACCCUCCUCACCCAUGCGUGCUCAUCUACGUGAGGAGAAACUCGCAAAACCAACGCGUGUCAAUAUCGCACUACCACCCUCCCCUUUCAUCUCACCACAACAAUCAGACGAGGAAGAAGCGAGUGAGGUGGUGAGUGUCCUUGCGCAACAGGAUCCAUCUCUCCGCUUCUCGACCAUGCGCAGCGAAUCUGUCUCCUUCUCUGAUCUGAGCGAUGUGCAGGUCCGUUCACCGGAGGAAGUCACGCUGGGUGAGCUGGAUGACUUGCUCUCUGCGUUUGACUAA